AUGGCGCCAUUAAUGUUCUCCUUCAGAUUUAUGCUCUUCCUUUCUCCCGUUUUGUUCCUCAUGUUCAGCACUCAAUCUCAAGCCCCACGGUGUUACAACGAUAAAGGCAACUACAACACCAACAGUACCUACCAGACAAACCUCAACACCCUUCUCUCUUCUCUUUCUUCCCCCUCCAACAAUGGUAAUGGCUACGGCUUCUACAACUCAUCCUACGGGGAAAACCCUGACCAGGUUUAUGCAAUCGGGCUAUGUCGAGGGGACGUCACGGGGAACCCUUGCCGUUACUGCCUCAGCAACGCCACACAAUUGCUCACACAGUCCUGUCCCAAUCAAAAGCAAGCUUUCGUUGUAUUUGACCACUGCACGCUUCGCUACGCCAGCCGCUCCAUCUACGGAGCCAUGGAAACUUUCCCUCCUUUACGGUGGUAUAACGUACAGAACGUGUCCUACGACGUCGACGGGUUUUUUCAAGAGCUGAAUACGCUACUGGAGGACCUAAGGGAUCAAGCUGCAGGGAACGGUUCACUUCGAAAAUUUGCGGCAGGGACCGCAACCGCUCCCAACUUCCAAACAAUCUACGGACUUGCGCAGUGUACGCCGGAUUUGACCGAGCAGGACUGCAGGGAUUGCUUGGGUAGUUCUUUGGCAGAUAUCCCAGAAUGUUGUCAGGGGAAGGUAGGUGCUAGAAUUAGUAAACCCAGCUGUGAUCUUCGGUAUGAGAUCUAUCUCUACGUUGACCCUACAACUGUCCCACCAUUGCCGUCUCUCUGCCGCCACUGUCUAGUCCUCCUCCACCGCCACUGUCUAGUCCUGCUCCGCCGUCAGCCAGUAUAG